ACUGCCUUGAAAUGGUACUCAACAUUUGCAUUUCCUCUUCAUAUACAGUACACACUUCAGCUGGUGGUAGCCUGGUAGAUAGUGUGCUUCCAAAAUGAAGAACAAAAGGAAGACUUUACUAUUGCUGCUGCUCAUGGCUGCAACUCUCUUUUGCAUGCCAAUUGUGUCGUAUGCUGUUUCUAAUGUCAACAUUCAAGACCAUCUCACCAAUAUUUCUGAGCUGGUAAAAGGUCCAAAUAGAAGGCUUUUGUCAUUUGUGGAUUGUGGAGAGAGGUGCAGGGUGAGGUGCAGUUUGCACUCAAGGCCAAAGAUUUGCACGAGAGCUUGCGGGACAUGCUGUAUGAGGUGCAGGUGUGUUCCUCCGGGCACUUACGGGAACAGAGAGAUGUGUGGCAAGUGUUACACUCACAUGAUCACUCAUGGCAACAAACCUAAGUGCCCCUAAACCUCUGCAUGCAUGCAUGCAUGCAUGUCCUUCUCUGUCUACACUUUUAAUUAUCAUGUUUAUCUCUACUUAAUCAACACUAAUUAUAUUUAAAUUCCCGUUUUUUGUUUUGUCUACCUUAAUUUCUUAAUUAAUGCUUUCUGUUUCUCCUAAUUUGUAAUCAUCAGUUGUGUAUUGCUGUGACUUAAUUUAUCUAUAAUGCAUCAGUUGUAGAAUAAAAGUCGAGUAAAUUACAACUUAUAAUUU